AUGAGGCUUGGGACCGGGCUCUGCCAGUGCGGCGAGGCGGUGGAGACCCGCCAGCACUACAUUCUCAAGUGCUCGUUGUACACGGACAAGCGCCAGCAGCUCCGGCGCGAAAUCGGCUCAUCGAACCUCAACAUGGACAAGAUCUUCUCUCCUCGCUCACCACUCAGCCCGAUCCUGUUCCACCUCUACAACUCCGGCGCCCUCCAGGCAUGCGAGACGCCAACAUCCACGGCCUUCAGCUGGAUUGACGACCUGAAUGUCCUCGCCUGGGGCAGGAACAUCGAGGACGCCGUCAGCGCAGCCCAACAGAUUGCCCCCGGUCUUGAGGAAUGGUCAGCAACACACCACAGCCUUUUCAAGCCAUCCAAGACCCUCGUCAUGCGAUUCUCGCCUGCACGAGACCGCUCCCCCGACGACCCAAAGGUCGUGCUCUGCGGCGAGGAACUCGAGUUCUCAUCAGCGCUUGGGAUGCUUGGAGUGACAAUUGACAAGCGACUCACCUUCAAGGAGCAGGAGCACAUGGCGUCGCGCAUGUCGAAGGCUUCGAAGGUGCUCAUAGGCGUCGGGUUGCUGGCAAAGAGUUGA